GUGGAGUAUUUGGUUUGCAUGGCAUAUUUUUGUCUUGUUACGAAAUCCAGGUUUUUAAGGGGGAGAUCACAACACGUAACUUCCCGGCUGCAUUUCCGAACCUUAUCCAUUCUACAUACUUGAAAACUUCCAAUCUCCCCCAAACAAAUCCUCCCUCGCUUCUCUCAACCACCAUCCAUGGCGCCGCCGUCCCCCACCACUCCCCGCCCCGCCGACCACCUCAACCUCGAAUCGCUCCUCUCCUCCGCCCGCCCCUUCCUCCGCGGCGAGCUCCACGCCGUCGACGAAAACCUACCCCGCCUCGUCUCCGUCCUCCAAGCCGCCGGCGCCGGCGAGUGCUGGCACAAGCACGGCAGCUUCCUCGACCACCUAAUCGGCGUCUACCGCAUCCUCAAGCUCUGGAACGCUCCCGACGCCGUCUGCCUCUGCGGCCUCUUCCACUCCGCCUACUCCAACUCCUACGUCAACCUCGCCAUCUUCCCGCCCUCCUCCACCGGCCGCGACACCGUCCGCGGCCACGUCGGCGCCGCCGCCGAGCGCCUCAUCCACCUCUUCUGCGUCGUUCCUCGCCAGUCUCUCAUCCACGACCUCCUCCUCUUCAGGUACGCCGAUUCCGAGCUGAUCGAGCACCUCCGAUCGUCGGAGAUCUCGAUCGAGAAGCUCCGCGGAGGCGGAGAGGUCGGAGAUGACGAGAUCUGGCGGAGUAAGCUCCGAUCGAUCUGUCCGGCGGAGGGGAUGACGGUGAAGCACAUCAAAACCGGCGAGGAUUUGGUGAUUUCGCGGCGGCUGGUGGCGACUUUCCUCAUGAUGACGAUCGCCGAUUUCAGCGAUCAGCUCUUCAGCUUCCAGGACGGUUUAUUCGAUAACCGCGACGGCAAGCUCGAAUUCUUCGGCAACAGCGUUCUCACCUCGUUAUGGCCAGGCGACGGCAGGCCAGGGCUGUGGAUGAACUCCGCCUCGAGAAUGGCGGCGAUCUACACUCUGUUGGUGAGAGAAGAGGAGAUCUACCUCAAAAACGCUGAGAAUCACGCGGAUAGAGACGGAGAUCUGGAGCUGGUGGUGCCGCCGGUGUUCGAUAAUUGCAGGAAAGUUGUGGAUCCGGAGGAGCAGAUCGCGGCGAGGGAUCUGUACUGGAAGGCGGUGUGCGGCGCGGCGGAGAUGGGAGUGGAUAAGGCAGAGGAGAUGCUGGUGGAGAGCGUGGCGAGGAAUCCGUUUGUGGGGGAAGGGUAUGUGGUGUUGGCGCAGAUAUAUUUGGGGAAAGGGGAGUUCGAGGCGGCGGAGGAGGCGGCGGAGAGGGGGCUGAGGUUGCUGGUGGACUGGGGGAGUCCGUGGGAUAAGAGGAUGACGUGGCAGGGGUGGGUGGCGUGGGGUAGGGUGCUGCUCAUGAAGGCCAAGGAGAAGUCGUGGCCGGAAACCGCAUGGGGUAUUCUCAAUUUGGGACUUGUUGCGUGAUUUAUGUACUCCAUAUUGUUCGCUUAAUAAUGGUAUCCAAUUUUAUACUACUGUAAAUUAGGCUCGUUAAGGCCAUCCGCA